AUGGCGGAGGAGAAGAAGGCGGCGAAGCUGAGCCAGACGCAGCUGCCCGCGGAGUCCAUGAAGGCGGCCGCAGAGUCGGUGGGCCUGGGCCACGUGCCCGAGGAGACCUGCCAGAUGCUGGCCGACGAAGUCACCUACCGCCUCAAGGAGGUCGCCCAGGACGCCUUGAAGUUCAUGCGGAUGGGGAAGCGGCGGCAGCUGACCACAGGGGACAUGGACUUCGCCCUGAAGCUGAAGAACGUUGAGCCGCUGUACGGGUUCCAUGCCCAGGAGUUCAUCCCCUUCCGUUACGCCAGCGGUGGGGGGCGCGAACUCUACUUCUACGAAGAGAAAGAGGUGGACUUGAGUGACAUCAUCAACACUCCCCUCCCCCGUGUUCCUCUGGAUGUCUGCCUCAAGGCACACUGGCUGAGCAUCGAAGGAGUCCAGCCAGCCAUCCCAGAAAACCCACCCCCAGCUCCCAAGGAGCAGCAGAAGGCCGAGGCCACGGAGCCUCUGAAAGCUACCAAGCCGGGGCAGGAGGAAGACGGGGCGCUCAAGGGCAAAGGACAAAGUGCCACGCCCCCCGAGGGCAAAGGCAAAGAGAAGAAGGGGCCCCUCUUGGAGGGCACCCCCCUGAAGCUGAAGCCCCGGAGCAUCCACGAGCUGUCGGUGGAGCAGCAGCUGUACUACAAGGAGAUCACGGAGGCCUGCGUGGGCUCCUGCGAGGCAAAACGGGCGGAAGCCCUGCAGAGCAUCGCCACGGACCCAGGACUCUAUCAGAUGCUGCCGCGGUUCAGCACCUUCAUUUCCGAAGGGGUGCGCGUGAAUGUGGUGCAGAACAACCUGGCCCUUCUCAUCUACCUCAUGCGGAUGGUAAAGGCCCUCAUGGACAACCCCACGCUCUACUUGGAGAAAUACCUCCACGAGCUGAUCCCGGCAGUGAUGACGUGUGUCGUGAGCCGGCAGCUGUGUCUCCGGCCGGAUGUCGACAACCACUGGGCCUUGCGGGACUUCGCUGCUCGCCUCAUCGCCCAGAUCUGCAAGAACUUCAGCACCACCACCAACAACAUCCAGUCGCGAAUCACCAAAACCUUCACCAAGAGCUGGGUGGAUGAGAAGACGCCGUGGACCACGCGGUAUGGCUCCAUCGCUGGGCUGGCUGAACUUGGACACGAUGUGAUCAAGACCUUGAUCCUGCCGCGGCUCCAGGUGGAGGGGGACCGGGUCCGGGCAGUCCUCGAGGGGCCAGUCGUCAGCAAUAUCGACAAGAUUGGAGCGGACCACGUCCAGAGCCUCCUGCUGAAGCACUGCGCUCCUGUUGUGGCCAAGCUGCGCCCCGCGCCCGACAACCCUGAAGCUUACCGAGCAGAGUACGGCCCGCUGGGCAGCCUCCUGUGCACCCACGUGGUCAAGGCGCGUGCCCAGGCCGCCUUGCAAGCCCAGCAGGUGAACCGGACCACCCUGACCAUCACCCAGCCUCGCCCCACCCUGACGCUCUCCCAGGCCCCGCAAGGGGGGGGCGCUGCCUCCCGCCCGCCCAGCAUCCUCAAGGUGCCCAGCUCCAUCACGCUGCCCAUGCAGACCCUGGUGUCCGCCCGGCCAGCCACCCCCACCCAGCCUUCGCCCCCGCCCACCAAGUUCAUCGUCAUGUCCUCGGCCUCCGGCACCUCCACGUCUCAGCAGGUGAUUACACUGAGUGGGGCUCCCGCCGGCACCUCCACCUCCCCGGUCACCACCACCGUCCCCAGCACGCAGCCCUUGAUGAAGCUGGUCUCGGGGGGCCCGGUGGCUCCCAGCCCCCCCGUCUCCGCCAGCGUCCAGAAGUACAUUGUGGUCUCCCUGCCAGCGGCAGCCGAGGGCAAAGGGGGCAGCGGCCAGCUCUCGCCCUCUUCGUCCACCCCGCCCAGCCUGCCCCUCCCCGCGGGUGUCAAGCAGGAACGCAGCGACAGCCCCCCACCCGGUGCCCCCACCGCCACGGCCUUCCUGGCCAAGGCCAACGGGGGGGCAGCCCCCAGCAUGCUGCCCGAGGAGCCCCCACAACCCUCUCUCUGAGGCCUGGGGAGGGCCAGGCUGAGGGCACUUUGGAGCCCCACGUCAGCAUCUCUCUCACGCAGCAAGGGGCAGCUGGCUGUCACGGGGGGGGGGGGUCAAAGGCAUGUGUCUGUGUGCAGGGAGGGGGGCUUGUACAGUCCCUAUGUAAAUACAGUCCCUUUGGUA